AUGUCCGUCGACGGUCGUUGGCCGGACGGAGAAUGGGAGAGGGUUAAGAGAAGGGCCGGUAGGGUUUCGCCUCCUCGGUGGGAUGUGUUUCCUUGGGGCGGAGGUUUUGUUGGUAAUCGGAAGGUGUCGCUGAUUUCGAUUUACUUCUCGAAGUUUCCAGAUUCUUACUCUGCAAAGUCUUUCUUCGAGCUUUUUGCGUGUAUCGGGAAGCUAGUGGAAGUGGCUAUUUCUCCGAGGAAGAAUCGUUUCGAUAGGAAGUUUGGUUUCGUUAGGUUUGAAGGGGUGGAGGACGGAAGGAUGCUUGCGAUUCGUUGCGACAAUGUGAUGAUUAUGGGGAUUAAAAUUUACGCCAACCUUCCUAGAUUUGAACGACCUCGUUUCGAAUCGGGGAUGGGUGGUGGGCCAAAUUUGUUUCAAGGAGGGGGAGUUUCUCAGAAGAAGUUUGAUCCGACGGGUGCGGCGGGUUAUGUUGGGUGUGUUAGCGGGGACAGAAGAUCUUAUGCUAAGGUGGUUCACGAUGGUGUGGGGAGUAACUCUAACGUUUGCGCAGAGUCCCGUCCAAAGCUCUGUUACUCCUCUAAAGCUAAAGAUAGAAACAAAUUGGAGAAAGCUUAUGUGGGUUUCGUGUCUAUUCCCGGGUCGUCCUACAACAUUCAGUCUCACUUUGAAAUGGAGGGGUAUUUUCAGGUUAAGGUGACUCCUAUGGGGGGAAAUUUGUGUCUGUUGGGAGAGGUGGAGGAGGGCGUAAUUGAUGAUCUCAUCGGUGACGGGGAAACGUGGUGGAAGCAGUGGUUUAAUGUGAUAAGGAGGUGGAACGAGCUAGACAUUGACGACGGUAGAGUCAGUUGGAUUAGUGUGUAUGAUGUGCCUAUUCAUGCGUGGAAUGCUGAGUUUUUCAUGGUUGUGGCUAAUUCGUUGGGGACGUUCAUUUGUCUUGACGAAUCCACGGCGGAAGGAUCUAAUUACGACACAGCAAGGAUGAUGGUGAGGGUUAAGCUGACUCAUGAGUUAGCAACAAAGAUGGAGGUUCUCAUCGACGAGAAAAUUUUUGUUCUUGCUCUGAAGGAGGAUGCGGUGGGUUUGAUGCGCAGUUUAUCAGGUACGCGAAAAGUCAAUAAUUCGGUUAGCUCUGAGUAUGAUUCUUUGGUUUUGUGGACGAUAUUUCUGUAA